GACAGGGUUUCCCCAUGUCACCCAGGCUGGUUUGGAAUUGCUGUACUGAAGCGAUCCUCUCACCCUCUCACCUCGGUGUCACAAACUACUGGGAUUACAGAUGUGAGCCACCAUGCCUUGUUGAUUUAGACAAACUUUCAAAAUUUGCUUAUAAACAAAUGUUUGUUCAAGUCUCUGGAGUUUGGGGGUUUUUUCCCCCAUACUGGUAGGAAAAUGUGAAGAAAGUAAGUAGGGGCAUCAGGUAUUGAGGGUGUCACCCCAGAUACUCUACUCAAAAGCUGAGAAGUACAAUUGGUUUCUCCCAGCGUAGCAGACAGUUUCUAAGGUGGCCCUCAGGAUCCUCAAAUUCUGAUGUUCAUAUUUUUGUGUGAUUCCCUUCCUUGAGUUAGGGCAGAACCCAUGAUUUGCUUUCUAACCAGUCAUAUGGCAAAGGUGAUUGACUGUCAUUCCCAUGAUGACAUUAUGUUAUAUGGCAAAAGUAUGGCUUGUGUGGCUCACGCUUACUUUCCUGCUGGCCUUGAAGAAAUAGCUGCCAUGUUGUGAACUUCCUAUGAAGACAGCCAUGUGACAGGGAGCUGUGGAUAGCCUCCAGGAGCAGAGGCUGGCUUCUGGCUGAUGGACAGCAAAAAAAAGAAAAAUUGAAGCUCAUGGUCCCACAGCCACAAAAAAAAUGAAUUCUGCCUUCAACCUGAGUAAGCGUGGAAGUGAGUUCUUGUCUCUUCAAGCCUACAGAUGAAAAUGAAGCCCAGCUGACACCUUGAUUGAAGCCAGAUGAGAUCCUGAAGCAGAAAACCCAAGUAGGCUGGGUUCUUGGAAGAUGCUUGUUUGCUACUGAUGGGUGUGAGCAAGUUAGAUAUUCUAUACCGGAGACUUCUCCUAACAAAACUUUUUAUCAGAGGAUGGGGAAGGCCAGAAGAUCUCAAAAGACUCUUUGAAUUCAGAAAGAUGAUUGGAAAUCGAGAAAGAUGCCAGAAUCUGGUUUCAAGCGAUUAUCCAGUACACAUUGAUAAGAUUGAAGAGCAAUCAGAUUGUAAGAUCUUAGAUGGACACUUUGUUUCCCCUAUGGCUCACUAUGUGCCUGAUAUCAUGCCAAUUGAAUCUGUUAUUGCAAGGUUCCAAUUUAUUGUGCCUAAAGAAUGGAACAGUAAAUAUAGGCCUGUAUGCAUUCAUCUUGCUGGAACAGGAGAUCAUCAUUACUGGAGGCGACGAACACUAAUGGCCCGUCCUAUGAUUAAAGAAGCCCGAAUGGCUUCUUUAUUGUUAGAAAACCCUUAUUAUGGCUGCAGGAAACCCAAGGACCAAGUAAGGUCCAGCUUAAAAAAUGUGUCUGACCUUUUUGUGAUGGGAGGAGCUCUUGUUUUAGAAUCUGCAGCUCUCUUGCACUGGCUAGAGAGGGAAGGUUACGGCCCUUUAGGAAUGACUGGAAUAUCCAUGGGAGGACACAUGGCUUCCUUAGCGGUAUCCAACUGGCCUAAGCCCAUGCCAUUGAUUCCAUGCCUGUCUUGGUCCACAGCAUCUGGGGUCUUCACUACGGGUGUGUUGAGUAAAUCAAUUAAUUGGCGGGAGCUGGAAAAGCAAUAUUAUACCCAGACAGUAUAUGAAGAAGAAAUUAUUCACAUGCUUGAAUACUGUGGAACAGAUUCUUUCAAAAUGGGACAAGAGUUUGUGAAAUGCUUCACUAGCAGUGCAGACAAGCUAACUAACCUUAAUCUGGUUUCCAGAACUUUAAAUUUAGAUAUAACAAACCAAGUUGUAUCCCAAAAACCUGCUGACUGCCAUAAUUCUAGUAAAACGUCUGUCAGUGCAACAUCAGAAGGACUUUUAUUGCAAGAUACCUCUAAGAUGAAGUGCUUCAAUCAAACACUUUCAACCAACAAAAGUAGUUAUACAAGUUGCAACCCUCAGUCAUACCACCUACUUAGUAAAGAACAAAGAAGAAACAAUCUUCGGAAAGAAUCUUUAAUAUUUAUGAAAGGUGUCAUGGAUGAAUGUACUCAUGUAGCAAAUUUCUCAGUACCAGUUGAUCCAAGCCUCAUUAUAGUGGUUCAAGCCAAAGAAGAUGCCUAUAUUCCACGAACAGGAGUUCGAAGUUUACAAGAAAUUUGGCCUGGUUGUGAGAUCCGAUACUUAGAAGGGGGUCAUAUUAGUGCUUAUCUUUUUAAACAAGGACUCUUCAGAGAACUAGGCAUGAUGUAUAUCAUAGGCAUGCUUUAUCGUGUGGCUUUCCCCUCUUCAAAUAUUAAUGGCCAGGUAUUUUAGGAUGUGAGAAGACGAUCACGGCUUGUUAAAGUUGCUUUGGUGCAUCAAGAGUUUUUUCACUCUAUUCUGAUGUUUUUUCGGAAUGGCCUGAACAUCUGUGGAAUAAUUUAGCAAUGUUUUUCAGUUAGCAAGUGAAUAUUGAACCUUAAAUAAGAAGUGCUUUUAAUGUUAACAACUUUAUAUGACUCCACUAUUUUAGUUAGAACUUAUAAAAACUUUUAUGCUAGCCGGGCGCGGUGGCUCACGCCUGUAAUUCCAGCACUUUGGGAGGCGGAGGUGGGCGGAU